CCUUUAUAUGAUGGUAAAAAGCGUAGUAGUAUAGUUUGGAAAUAUUUUGGUCAUUUACUGAUCAAUCAAAAAUCAGUCGAUGAAAGCCUUUUUUUUUUGUAGUUUAUGUCUGGAAGAAGGCAUAAUUAGUAACAAAUAUUGUGGAAAUUCAACUUCAGGAAUGAUACAUCAUUUACGUACUUCACAUAAAAUUAAUAACGAAAAAGAAAUUGAAUCAUCAUUAAAACGAACAAAAGGAUUAUUUGAUCGAAGCUGUAUCCUUCAAGAUAAUAAAGCGUCGAAAGCAUUAUUCACAAGAAGAACGGCAUUAAUGCUGUGUAGAACUCUUAUGCCUUUUUCUAUUGUGGAAAAUGAAGGAUUUAAAGAUUGGAUGUUGAACAAUAAUUUUGUACAAAAUGUUGAUGAUAUUCCCAACAAAAAUAGUGUGUUAAAUUCUGCUUUAAAUGAUGUUUACAAUUCAGCGGAAUCAUUGAUGAAGAAAGAAUUAUUCACUGCUUCAAAAGUCAUUACUUUACAACUAGAUUAUUACACUUCAGUCAAUGGUUGUGUACCAUAUAUUACAUUAGCAGUACAAUACCUUAAUGAAAAUUUUGAAAUGGUUACUUUUACUCUUGCAACAGAGAAAUUUGAACGUCCCCACUCUGCUGUAAGAACAGGAGAGAAAGUAACUCAAGUUCUUGAAACAUAUGGACUUCAUGAUCGAAUUAUAAUA